UCUUUUUUUGCUAGCUAGCCAGUGACAUAAAGCUAGCUAGAUAAGCUAGCUAGCUAGCGUUCAUUUAGUUCAAACUCGUCUGUCAAAUGUAGCUAGCUAGUUACAGUUUAAACAACCCAGAUAACUAUACAGCUAGUUAAGACAGCUAUAUGAUCUAGUGUGACCUAUAGAAUCUGUGUGAUCAGUUGGCCAGCAUCGUUUUUCGCGUAUCUGUUUUUGUUUCUAGUCCUGUCCUUAUGUUAAUGAAUAUUAAGUUACGCGUUUUGGCACAGUCGUGUUAGCUAAUGAAAGUCCUAACAUUUCGUUUAAAGGUACAAUAUGGAUCAGACCGCCUCUGGAAUUUUCUGUAACAGAAUGCUGAGCAUGGUCAACUCUGAAGAUGUAAACGCGAUCAUUCAAGCCCAGAGACACAUGCUGGACCGCUUUGAGAAGACCAACGAGAUGCUUAUUAACUUUAAUAGCUUGUCCAGUGUGCGACUACAACAAAUGAAUGAUCACUUUGUUCUCCAUACUCGCACUUUAAUUGAAAUGAAGAAGGACUUGGACAGCAUUUUCCGUCGAAUAAGGACACUGAAAGGCAAAAUCGCUAAGCAGUAUCCUGCUGCUUUCAGUAACAUUCAUGAAUGUCCCAGUUUAGAGGAUGACGAUGAUGAGUUUGACCCCAUACCACCUAGCAUGGCUACUACAACUCCUACAACAGCUACAUCUGAGCAGAGCACUGAGUCAUGUGACACAAGCCCUGACGUUAUUUCACCAACCAUUAGCCGAUGCUCUGAAGAGCUCUCACAGGAAAAUCCUGACACGCCUACCUCAAACAGCCCUGAGAAGGCAGUACUGCUGGAUGAGGGUCCAGAUUCAGCUGAGAUCUAGAAUCUUUUUGGAGUUGCUGUGAAGAAUUUGUAAUUUGGCUUAGUGCCUCAUGGUUAAGAGCCAGAGAGAGAGAAAUGGGCUAUAAGAGUUGGAAAUGCUACACCAGAUGUUUGCCAGAUGUCUCAGUUAUCUAAAAUAUUAAGGAUUUGAAGUAAAUGAGUCAUCUUUCUAAACUUUUAUUUUUCAUAUUUUCCCAAGUGGGCAAUACUGUUAUAUUUAUGUGUUUUAACAUUACAGAAUGAGAGUUUCUUGUGUUUUUGCCUUCAAAGUAGUAUGCCUUGCUCCUUGAUAUAUAAAUAGAUUAUUUUAACAUCUAGCUCACAUUUUAAUUAUUGCUUCUCAAAAGAUAUUGGACAUACUGUGUAAUUUAAUUUCUUAAGAUGUCAGCUAUUAAAACUGGACUAUUUGAUUUUUAUUGGCUGUUUACUUAGCUUUUACUACUAAGUGUGAUAAACAAAUGUGAUUGCUACCAAGAAUUUUAUCAUAGGACUCACUGGAUUCUGUUAAUAUGCUCAAUUUUUGCAAAAUAAAACUACCUAUGCCAAA